AUGGGUCUUUUCAGCCAUGCAGCAACAUGCUUGAGCGAAGCAAAGUUACUGAAGAAGCUGCGACAGCGAGUCUCCGCGCGAUCAAGGGAUCUUACACCGAUCGCAGGGUCUGCUUGCACAAAGACGAGCACGCUCAGUCAGUGCUCCGUGAGCACUAGGAACUCCCUCUCAGCAAAAUCCUCUCGAUUUCCGACUGCGGGUCCUCCAAUCGGAGUCAGUGCUGCGUUUCUGGUGUCUUGCCUUGUCGACGUCAAUCCUACUGCUGAGGAUGCGGGACCGACAACGCGGGCAGUAGCGACAACACUCCGACUUAAGCGUGAGGAGAACCGCGAGGCUGUACAGAGCGCAGUGGAGCUUGCAGAGAUAAAUCAGGUGCAUCCACUUACGGGCGGUGACACAGCAGGACCCUGCUCGACACACGUCGCGCAUGCGUGGGAUGCAAGUUUUCCGGAGCUGGUCGACUGCUUAGUGCGUGAUGCAGGCUCAGAUCUGGACCGGCGGUAUAGUUUGGACCUCUUCGGAGCCGAGCACCUGGCUGGAAACCUUGACACGUCGCCUGACAGUGCUCCGGCUCGAAGCCAUCACGCGUCAGUGACGGGCAAGGGGACCGAUGAUCCAAUAGGAGCAGUGCAAGCUCUUGUGCACGGCGCCAAAGAAGUGCUGUUAGUGUUGGACGCAGAAUUGAUUUGUUUCUCUCGAAUUUGGGUCCUGGCUGAAGCCAUGCUGGCUACGGCUGCCAACAAGCUUCGCAUUGUCACCUCCGCUCCUGGGGGUUACGGCAGCUCAGUCGAUGACAUUCUAAAGUGGGAAUCACGCAUUGAUGCCAUUGACUGGUCUCUGACGGAAGCUAGCCGCAAGAGUGACGAGCGACGGCUUCGCACCUUCAGCGACCGCGUUUGGGACGUGCAUGGUAUCGGGAACGAGCGGAUGCUGGCGCAGCUCAAGGUGCUGCUGAGGAAGGAGGUAUAUGGCCAGGUGCUGAUCAAGGCUGUCGAGGCUGGAGAUUGGAAGGCCAUCGAAGCCGCGCUGGACCGAGGCGCUUCACUCGAGCAGCGCGACGCAGAUGGCAACACAUUAGAAGACCUGGCCUGCUUCUUCAACCAUCAGGAUAUCGAGGAGAUGCUGUUUGAGAGGCGCAUGCGAGGCAAGGCUCACAAACCCUUGUCCAUGUUUUUCCGUGCAGAAGACCUGAUGGAAAACUGCUCCGAUGCCUUCCCUGAAGUCCUUCUGCCAUUCAUGACCCAGCCGGCGGGCUUUGCAAAUGGUUCAGAUGAGGAGGAUGAUGAGGAGGAGACCUGGCGGUAUCUUGCAAGUUUGGAGCGCAACGCGUCUUGA